AGUUCCCUCACCCGCUUGACACCAUGACGUUUCUCGAUAGUACUGUUGAAAAUGAGCCGUGUACACCCACAUCGUUGAAAGUUUUGAGCAGUGUGAUUGCAGCGAAAACCCGUACCGUCGAAAGUCUAGAAUGGCUGCAUAAACCCGCACCAUGGUUUAGGGAGGGUCUUGCAAAUCUAGCAAUAGAGAGAUUUCUGAUUAGUGAUAACGUAUGUGGCAGCGUAGCGCACCUGUAG